AUGAGCCGGGAGUUGUUUCUACGCAUUGUCAAUGCGCUAGAAGUCGAUCCUUACUUCCAACAACGUCCGGAUGCUAUUGGCCGCUUAAGCUUCUCCCCGAUCCAGAAGUGCACUGCCGCUGUUCGACAAUUGGCAUACGGAACUGCUGCUGAUUGUUGUGACGAAUAUCUCCGUAUAGGAGAGACGACGGCGUUGGAAUGCUUGAAGAAAUUCUGCAAGGCCGUCGUUCGUAUCUUUGGCGGCACGUAUUUGAGGCGGCCAACAAUUGCCGAUGUGCAACGCAUCACUACAAUGCACGAAGCCCGCCAUGGGUUCCCGGGAAUGUUGGGGAGCCUAGACUGCAUGCAUUGGGGAUGGAAGAAUUGCCCCGUAGCUUGGCACGACGCCUACACUCGAGGGGAUCAAGGCGAGCCAACAAUUAUAUUAGAGGCCGUUGCUUCACAAGAUUUGUGGAUCUGGCAUGCAUUCUUUGGAGUCGCUGGGUCCAACAACGAUAUCAACGUGCUCCACCAGUCCACACGCUAUUCAACGAUGUUUUAG